CAGACAGAUGCAGAGUUCAGUGCUACGAGUACCCCACCUGCCCGGAUGCUGUGAAAGCUCCUAGAGAGGAGGGUGGCUUCGUGGCCUGUACCUACAGGGGAACAGGCAUCGACCAACCUGACUUCCUGGCCACCAUCGAUCUCAACCCCAGAUCUCCGUAUUACAGCCAGGUGAUCCACCGCCUGCCCGUGCCCAACCUCAAAGAUGAGCUGCAUUCCUCGGGUUGGAGCGCUGGCAGGACCUGCUUUGACAAUGUCACAACGAGAAGGAACAAGCUGAUUCUUCCUGGUUUGAUUUCUUCCCGCAUUUACGUGGUGGAUGUGGGUUCACAGUGCCGGGCUCCCAAGCUCUAUAAGACGAUUGAGCCAGUGGAUGUCUUCUGGAAGUGCAACAAGGGAUACCUCGGUGUGGUUCACAGCCUGCCUAAUGGUGACAUAUUGAUUGCCAACAUGGGAGAUGCAGCUGGCAAUGGAAAAGGUGGAUUUGUUGUGCUGGAUGGAGAGACCUUUGAGCUG